AUGCCCAAGAUCUACAAGCCAGGAAAGGUCGCCGUCGUCCUCACCGGCCGUCACGCCGGUAAGAAGGACUCGCAUCUGUCGUCUGGUCAGCAUGGUGCGGAAGGAAGAUCACUCGACUUGGUCGCCAGCCCGUUGCGGACAUCAGUACUCUUCCACCGAAUUACCAUCUCAUGUUCGGCAAAGCGUCUGCAACCCUCUCAGAGCAACGAUCCGACCUACAUCCGUACUUUUAUCGACACGGUAUUUUGUGCCAGCAACCUUCAACUGGGCCACACCGACAAUCCGCUAUCGCAGCGAGUCUCUCCAGCCGUUCCCGCCUCUUUGAUGCUGGUUGUCGUCAUCAAGCAGUUCGAUGACGGCUCCAAGGAGAAGGCUUUCCCCUACAUUGUUGCCGCUGGUAUCGAGCGAUACCCGCAGAAGGUGACCAAGCGCAUGGGGGCCAAGAAGAUCGCCAAGCGCUCCAAGGUCAAGCCUUUCGUUAAGGUCAUCUCGUACAACCACCUCAUGCCCACCCGUUACGCUCUCGAGCUCGAGGGACUUAAGGGUGCCGUUUCGCAGGAGACCUUCAAGGAGCCCUCGCAACGCGAGGAGGCCAAGAAGCAGAUCAAGGCCAUCUUCGAGGAGAAGUACACCUCGGGCAAGAACAAGUGGUUCUUCACCCCUCUCCGCUUCUAA